CCCCGACGAUCCCGCGGCUGUGGGCGCGGCGCGGCGGCGCCGCCGGCUUCAGUGCCGCCGAGAGGCUGGAGCUCAAGGAGGCACUGCGAGGUGAGGGGGCCCGGCGGGCCGCCCCGUCUGCCCGCACCCGCCCAGGCCUCCCCGAGGCCCGCAGACUGUGUAAACCCCUUCAGUCCUGAGGCCGCCCCGGUUCCCCAGCGUGGCGGCUGAGGUGUCCCGAGCUCGCCCUGGGGCCGCGACGGCCGUCUUCGCAGGCUGGCAUCAAGGGCCGGCGGGGAGCGCGGGCACGAAGGCGGCAGCGGUGGUGAAGGUCGGUUCCUCGGGUGGUUUCCGCCUGGAGGAAGCCGGUGCUAUUAAAAUCCCAACUGUUUCCAUAUCUCCGGAGGACUUGAAUACAACUGCCAUGGCAGAAUUUGGGAGUUACAUUCAGGAAGUCUUCCCAACUGUAUUUUCUUCAAAGUUUAUUCAACAUGAAAUUGUUGGGAAAUACAGCCACCUCUUUACUGUUGAGGGUUCUGACCCUGAAAUGAUGCCCUAUAUGCUGCUUGCGCACAUGGAUGUUGUGCCUGCUCCCCCAGAGGGCUGGAAUUUCCCUCCUUUCUCAGCUACAGAGCAUGAAGGUUUCAUCUAUGGACGAGGAACGUUGGAUAACAAAAACUCCGCCAUAGGUGUUUUGCAAGCUUUAGAAUUUUUGCUGAGAAGAAAUUACAGACCCCGCAGAUCUUUCUAUAUUGGCAUUGGACACGAUGAAGAGGUGUUUGGUCGAAAUGGAGCAAUGAGGAUUGCAGCUCUGUUGGAAGCGAGAGGAGUGAAACUCACCUUCUUACUGGAUGAGGGAAGUGCAAUACUAGAUGGUAUCAUUGCAGGAGUGGAUAAGCCCGUAGCUCUAAUUGCUAUCACAGAAAAGGGUUCAAUAACACUGAACUUCACUGUGGAAAAAGAGCCAGGACAUUCAUCCUUUCCUCCUAAAGAGACAAGCAUUGGCAUUCUGGCAGCAGCAAUGUCCAGACUGGAGCAGAAUCCCUUGCGUAACCUGUUUGGCCAUGGGCCGGAACUCAUGACUAUGGAGCACCUUGCAUCACAGUUCAGGUUUCCUCUCAAUCUCAUCAUGAGCAAUCUAUGGCUGUUUUCACCUAUUGUCAGCAGAAUUCUUGCCUGGAAACCUUCCACCAAUGCCUUGAUCCGAACUACUACAGCAGUCACUAUGUUCAAUGGAGGAAUCAAGAUAAAUGUCAUCCCAUCUUCUGCAAAAGCAACCGUGAACUUCCGAAUCCACUCUGCAGAGACAGCCGCUGAGGUGCUAGAGACAGUUAGAAACACCAUUGCUGAUGACAGAGUAAAGAUUGAUGUAGUAGAGGCCUUCGACCCACUCCCCAUCAGUCCAUGGGAUGGCCAGACAUUUGGAGUCCAUAUUUUUCAAAGAACCAUUCUGGAUACUUUCCCAGAUGUUGACAGUGUAGUCCCAGGCACAUGUAUUGGAAAUACGGACAGCAGGCAUUUCACUAAUGUCACAAAGGCCAUUUACCGAUUUAACCCACUGCUCCUGAGAUCAGAUGACCUUCGCAGAGUCCAUGGGUUGAAUGAGAGGAUCUCAGUUGAGAAUUAUGAGAAACAGGUCGAGUUCCUCUUUCAGCUGAUAAAAAACUGUGACACCAGUGAGCUUCCAGAGCCUCAUGCCAGCUCCCACGAGCUGUGAGAAACCCACCUGAGAAGAGCAGCUACCAAGGUGGACUCUAGGGUGGCAGAGGUCUGGGCCAUAAGCUGUAGCUGUGCAUUGUGUAUUGAGCUACACCUGGAAUUUGAGGGUUGUAUAUUGUGCUUUACAUACAAAUGGGAAAAUUCUAGGUUGCUGCUCUAGUCAUAUGUACGGUUUGCUGAACAAAACACAACAAACUGACUUCUGUUCCCCCUGGUCUGACAUGCAGCCAUUGAUAUGAUGGUAUUAAUUUUAAGUGCUUCCUUUAAGCCUCUGAAAUUGCUAAAUCACUGAAAAAUCUAAGCUGUAAUCAGCAGUCGCUCACCUGUCAGUAAAAGAGGUGAAUCUUCCCAUAUGUGCUUUUGGCAAACUCAUUUUACACAGCUAAUUGUUUUUUCUCAAAUGAUGUAUCUGUCAGAACCUCACAGGAAAGGUUUGUGGCGUGGUGUAGGUUUCAUGUGAUUGGUAGAAUUGCACUGAGAGUGUGUUGCACUGCUGCUUCUUUCCCAGGUGAUGCUCCCAAGCAGCACCAGUGGUGCUCUCUAAUCAGUGCCAGUGUUAACUUGCUGCUGCUGAGUUCUCCCACGCAUGCACUGAGUUCUGGCUAUUUUAAAAUACUGAGCUCCAGAAGUUCUGUGUUGCUUUAACUGAUGUUCUGAACUCAGAGAUGCUGAGAACUUUUCUUCCUGUCUUCUCAGUGGGUUAGUUUUGGUUUGGGGUUUUUUUGUCUCUUGCUCUUUGGUGUGGCCCAGCGUAGGUCAUGCAGUGGGUGUCAGAGAAGGAACUGCAGUCUUCUCUUUUCACAGAAUCGGUUUCUAUACUGUAUGUUUUUCUUUUGUUUCUCUGAGAACUUGAUUGUGAAAGACGGUGAAGCCCUUCAAUUUCCUUCAGUUCAGCAGGAGCUGAACCUUUGUUCCUUCCUUGUCUAUGCAAAUGGUAGUCGCUUUGCUGCAGCACUUCUGUGGAUUCCGUGCUUUGAGAACCCCAGUGUAGAGAGGCUGUUGAUUAGCCUAUUUCAUCUUGCACUAGCGUGCCUGUAUUUGCUAGCACUAAAGGGUUAAGCUUUCUUUUGGCCUUGAUAGUCGGAGUUACCAUUAUUAAUUAGACAAAGAAGAACUAACCAGAUGUUGACCAAAGUAAAGACUAGGUGAAAGCUGCCUUGUUAUACUGACAGGUAGAUGCUGCUGCAGGUACUGGUGCAAUUCCUCCUGUUGCAGAGAUGUGUAUCUGUCUUUCAGAGUUUGAAUUAUACACUGCAAUGAGUGGUUGUUCUGUUCUAAGUACAUAUUGUAAAAGGUACUGGAAUGUACAGGAAAUACCCUGAAACGUAUCCUGAAAAACAGCAAUGGAUUCCUAUUCUUUCCGUUCACCAUUCUCUAUUUAUUUGCAUUCUGAUCUUAUCACUAUGGCCAAUGGGCUAAAACUGUAUCAGCCUACUAAAUAAUUGAAACUAGAUUGGCAUUUUCAUCUAAUAAAACAAGGAGAGCAGUUAUUUUCUGAUUAUUAUUCAAUCUUUUUAUGUAGCCGUAUCAUUCCAAUUAAGUCAUUUCCACACCUGAUUCUACACGACAGCAAGUCAUAAAGUUUCCAUCAAAAUACAUCCACGUAUUUUCCAGCCAGCUUUAAUCCUUGUACCCACCCUGGUGCUCCCUUUUCUAUACAAAAUUAGCUAACUCUGUUCAUAUGUUACUGGUUAGUAAAUAGCUUGCACCUUUUAUGGUUU